CAAAACCCUUGUCACCCUCUGAUUUUCUGGACAAGCUGAUGGGAAAGACUUCAGGCUACGACGCUCGCAUCAGACCCAAUUUCAAAGGUACUAUCAGCUGUGUGGCGUCAUUUUUACACAGACAUUACACAGAGCUAAGGGUUGGAGCUCUAUACAGGAGAUCCUCCACUUCAACAUCCCCAUGUAAAGCAGAUCUUCAUGGAGCUGGUUUGAACAGGUUUGCAUCUCCUAGUGAAGGGAAAAUUUCACAGAUCCAAAGACAGUUUGGGGAAGAACCACAUAUGGCAUAUUGAAAAGUCAGCUGUUCCAUUACUUUUGUUCAUGUUGUGUAAUAUUAUUGCACUCUCCUCAUCUGUUCAUCUCGUUUUUUUCCCCGCUGCUUAUAUUCUUGUCUUUUUGGGACAUUGGGAAACAACGGCAGCGUGCUGAGAAGAAGCUGUCGGUUUCAGCCCUAAAUAAAAACGUACGGAAUUCACUCGUUUUGUGACUCAAGGUCUACAAAGACUUUCGCUGAUAAAGAGGCUCCGUUUGUGCCACGGGGAAACACUUAAAACGAAACAAGAAAGCAGGAAAAAAUUCAUGCGGCAGCAAAAAUCCGCGCGUCUAAUCUCAGAAAUGCGAAAGGUCAAAAAGGCAAAACUUCAAAUUUCUCACAACAGCAACUUUUUCCACCACGAGGUGUUAAUUCUCCACAGAAUAAAAAAUGUCAGCUGGUGAUUUUAUAAAUAACAGCUGAAAAGAAGAAUGUGGAGGAAGUAAAGUUAUAUGAUUGUAUAUCAAAAGAAAAUGACUUGUGCCUGGGCUGCACAUGCUAAUUAGUUAUUAGCUAGCAAGCAUGUAGUCAGUUUCAUUACUUCGCCAACUCACGUAGUCAAUUCUUAGAUAUUUGCUAGCUAGUAUGGUUGCUAGUUCUUAGAAAUUAGCAAGAAAAUAUGUAGUAGGAUUUUUAACUUUGCUAGCCACCAUGCAGCACUUUUUCAAUAUUAGCAAGCUAGCAUGGUCUCUUUUUUUUCUUCUUCUUAUUUCAGCUUUAUUGUAGUCAGUUUCUAAACAUUAGCUUGCUAGGCAGUUUUAUCUACUAGCAAGCUCAUAUGUGGUUGGUUGUUUUACAUCAGCUAGCAUGUAUUCACUGAUAUUAGCUUGCUAAUAUUUUAAUUAUAAUCUAUUAUUUCAUUUCUGAGAACAAUUUAAACACAUGUCGACGGUUGAAAACAACUUUGAAAAUGAGCGAAAGAUGGAGACGAAAAAAAAUAAAUCAUAGGUUUUCUUUGUGUAAAGUCAAAAACUAUGACAGAAAACGCAGCAGUGAAAAUUUCCCCUGAAGACGCUGAAGUAUUUCCUCCAACGCUGCCCGUUCUCCAUGUUAACCUACAGACCCAAAUUAGUCGCUCUCCUUCAGGCUCUAUAUUCUCCUCCGUCUUUUCCUUCACCCUUCCACACAGUGGAUUAUGUUUGACACGUUUCCUGCAGGCUCGCACUGUCGUCCCCGUCCUUCCUGUCCUCCUACGCCUCACUCAGCUUCUCAGCCUCUCUCUCCCCAUGUCUCAGCAUGUCUCAGCUUUUCUUCCCAUGUCUCCAUGGCCACUUUCCCCCUCCUGCUUUAAUUGAUCAUCCCUUUCUCCCAUUUCAGUUUUAUCAACUCGCUCGUCCAGUCCUUUUCAGUGUGUGUGUGUGUGUGUGUGUGUGUCUCAGAGCUCAUGCAUCAUCCAUUUUUGCACCACCAUGAAGUGUGCGUCAGGACGUAUAGUUGCAGCCGAUUCGCCGGGGAGUGUAAAUAACGUCCUCAUGGCCAAAUCAAUAAACGAUCAUCCGAGUGAAAUCUUGUCUUAUCAAACUUUUACUGUAAAAAUCUGAGCGGUCGGAUCAGAGGUAUAAUUGGAGCAGGUCAGAUCAGCAGCUGGCAUGGACUCUGCAGCGUUCCUCAUUAAUGUAACUCUCUCUCACACGGUGACAAUCUGGCAACCCGGCGACUCAUUUGUGAUGUCUGGGUUAUCUAUAGCUGUGAGCUACAGGACCUCCUGUCAACGUUACCUGCAACAUCUUCAUCAACAGCUUUGGCUCUGUGACAGAAACCACAAUGGAUUACCGCUUGAACGUGUUCCUCCGGCAGCAGUGGAACGAUCCUCGCCUGGCGUAUAAGGAGUACCCUGACGACUCGCUCGACCUGGACCCCUCCAUGCUGGACUCCAUCUGGAAACCUGACCUGUUCUUCGCCAACGAGAAGGGUGCUAAUUUCCACGAGGUCACCACUGACAACAAGCUGCUUAGGAUUUUUCAGAACGGGAACGUCCUCUACAGCAUCCGGUUGACUCUGAUCCUGUCCUGUCCAAUGGAUCUGAAAAACUUCCCCAUGGACAUUCAGACCUGCACCAUGCAGCUCGAGAGCUUCGGCUACACCAUGAACGAUCUGAUUUUCCAGUGGCUGGAUAAAGGUCCUGUGCAGGUGGCUGAUGAUCUAACGAUGCCGCAAUUCGUUCUGAAAGAGGAGAAGGACCUGGGAUACUGCACCAAGCAUUACAACACCGGUAAGUUCACCUGCAUCGAGGUGAAGUUCCACCUGCAGAGGCAGAUGGGAUAUUAUCUGAUCCAGAUGUACAUUCCCAGCCUGCUGACGGUCAUCCUGUCCUGGGUUUCGUUCUGGAUCAACAUGGACGCCGCUCCUGCUCGAGUCGGCCUCGGCAUCACCACCGUCCUCACCAUGACCACUCAGAGCUCCGGCUCCAGAGCCUCGCUGCCCAAGGUGUCCUAUGUGAAGGCGAUAGAUAUCUGGAUGGCAGUGUGUUUGCUGUUUGUCUUCGCCGCGUUGUUGGAGUACGCUGCAGUGAACUUCGUCUCUCGGCAACACAAAGAGUUCUUUAGACUCAGGAGGCGACUGCGAGAAGAACAAAAUCAAAGAGUCGCUUCAGGUCAGUUUGGUGGAGCCGAGGUGAAAAACAAGAGCAAUGAUGUUACAGGCAGCACCACAGCAUCUUACAGGAACACGAAACACUGCACUGCCUGUGCACGGGAGUUGGCUCAACACAACCAGGAGUUCUUCUUGUCCAGUUUCGGUUUGGACGUCCACCUGUCCGGAGACGGUCCCCUAUCCGAGGCGGCGGCCACGUUCGCGUCUCUCCCUCCAGGCCACUCACUGUUCAGGAUCCGUCACCGCUUUAUCGACCGCGCCAAGCGGAUCGACACGGUUUCGCGUGCCAUCUUCCCCCUCAGCUUCCUCAUUUUCAACGUCUUCUACUGGCUUACGUACAAAGUGCUGCGUAACGAAGAUCUGCACUCCGGCGGCCUGUGAGCCGAGAGUACCAAAGGACACUCGCCACCAGCUCACGCCACCAUCUUGGUUUCCGAGAAAGUACUGAAUAAAUCUCAUGGGGAAGACUUGAGGAACGAACAUUUGAGAAACAUGUUCGACUCCCAUGUAGCUUUCUGUAGCUCAUCCUACAACAUUCCUGCCUGAUCCCCAACCCCACUUUCAUUCUGUCAGGUGACGAGGCGUUCACUUGCUUGUACUUCAUCUUGUAGCGGCCGCGGUGUGGACUAUAUUUUACCCGAGAAAUUUUGAGGAAUUAGCUAUAUUUAGCUAGGUAGCUCAUCAGUGACGAAAUGUCUCAUUCGAUUUACACGCUUUACCCGAUUAGCCAGGCGAGCUAACUAUAGUAGCUACGUCCGCUCAUCACCCAGGGUUUUUCAUUUCAAAAUAACAUUUCUGUCCAUGUAUAGGUGAGAGGCGUACAGCAAGAUAGCUAGGUCAAAGGUCAACAAUUCUUAAAAACCAUCCGCUCCAAAUCCAAGUAUUAGCAAUUAGCAGAAUCCUAUCCAACAGGACACAGCACAAGUGUGUGAAACUCUUUAUACGUGUAAAUACGAGCAAUAAAAUAUUUAAUACUGGU